AUGGGUUAUGAAGUUCCUUUGACUGUCAUGACGGUGUUUUGGCUGCUUGUUGGCUGCGGAGGACCCCUGAUUGUCCCGAAAGGUCCUCACAGACCGGUUAUACAAUUAAUGCUAACAACUUCUUCAGUUUGCUGUUACCUAUUCUGGCUGAUGUCAUCAAUGGCGCAAGUUAAUCCUCUUUUUGGUCCGAUACUAGAUGCAAACUCUAUACGUAUUCUGCAGCGUGAAUGGGAGCCUAUUAGAGUACUAUAGACCAUCUGAAAAUGUUUCCAGUCAAUUCGUUUGCCACUAAUGAAAAAUAAAAACCAUUGCGCUGUGUUGUGAGUUACGCUGAAUUUCGGAGCUUACUGACCGUUAUCUCAAAUCUCCACUCCAUUGGUCUUGUAGCAUCUGUUGUUUCUUAC